CGAUCUAGAAGGAAGAACUAUAGACGGAGGCCCUGGACGGGACUAGAAUUGACCUGCUUAGGAACGGGCGCGGGAGGACCAUCAGUAGAUAGAAAUGCGGCCUGCGUCGCGUUGCGGCUGGACGCCCACGGCGAGCAGUCGACGACGUGGCUCUUUGAUUGCGGCGAGGGCACGACGCGGCAAGUCAUGUCCUCGCCCAUCUCCCACGCGGACAUCGACCGCAUCUUCAUCACGCACCUCCACGGCGACCACCUCUGGGGGUUACCUGGGUUCCUAGCUACUUGGUCUGAUAUGAAAACGAAUGAGAACAAGAUAAAACAUAUAAGGUACGGGCGGAACCAGGGGCCCCGCGAAUUAACUGUAUACGGUCCGGAAGGUCUCUAUGAUUACCUCUGUUCCACAUUAACGUAUUCCCAAGUGCCUCCUCGCUCAAACGCGGCCGUGAAGGUCGUCGAGAUCGCUUCGUCAGAGAGCGCGAACCGUAAUCCCAAACAGAAGCCCCACGGCAGUUUGGUGCAUUCAGGAAUUGUGGAGGAGGGUACCAUUGUGGAAACGAGCACACACGUCGUGUCUUGUGCGCGGAUCGUGCAUAGGCCUGGGUUGGACGCCUAUGGGUUUGUGGUCGAGGAGGUGGCGCUACCUCGAAAAGUUUUAGUAGAGGAAGCUCGAAGAGCGGGUUUAACACCAGGGCCGUUGUAUCAGCAUUUGCAGGCCGGUCAAGAUGUGGUGUUGCAAGAUGGCACUGUUGUUAAGGCUGACGACGUGACACAGGAGAACGUGCGGCCUCGGAAAGUUGUUAUUGUAGGGGAUACUUGUGAUGCCUCAGCGUUAGUCCCGCUGGCGGAAAACGCGGAUAUUGUCGUGCACGAGGCGACGCUCGAGGACGAGCAGUGGAUUCUGGCCCGAAGACAUGGGCAUAGCACAGCGGGCGGCGCGGGGCGCUUCGCCGCGAAAGCCAAGGCGAAAGCUUUGAUUUUGACGCACAUGUCGUCGCGGCACCACUCCGUGAAGCACCUUGAGAGAUUAAGGGAGCAGGCUCGGAAGAGUUUCGGGCGGCAAGAAGUCGUGUUAGGGAGGGACUUCAUGGCCGUGCCCGUGCCUCGAGGGGGGUUUACAACUUAGUUAGAACUAUUGCCGAGGCCCCGCCCCCGCCGUUGCAGAUCGACGCGACGCCCACAGCCUCAAGUUGCAUCGCCAAACUCCCGACGAUGCGCGCGCCGCUCAUGCCGAUGGGGUGGCCCAAGGACACGGCGCCGCCUCUCUGGUUGACCUUGUCGACGUCCACAUUUAGGAUCUGGGCGUUCGCCAGGGCCACGACGGCAAAGGCCUCGUUCACCUCAUGGAUCGAAACGUCGCUCAUGUCGAGUUCGGCGUGUGCUAAAGCAGCGGGCACGGCUAAGGACGGCGCGAUCGUGAAGUCGAUCGGUGUUCUUUGCGCGUCCCCGAAACCUUGGAUCGCACAGAGCGGCUCCAAGUUUCGUUUUUCGCACUCUUCGAGCGACAUCACAACCAACGAAGCCGCGCCGUCGUUGAGCUUGGACGCGUUGGCAGCUGUCACCGUGCCGUCCUUGAGGAAGGCCGGUCGUAACGAACGCAAUCUACUUGUAUCUUUUGAGGGUUCCUCGUCCUCGUCCACAGUGAUGGUCUUCUUCCUCUGUUUCACUUCGACCGGCUCGAUCUCUUGGGCAUGAAAGCUCUUGGCCGCGCGACUCCGUUCGUACGAAAGCUCCGCGUAGGCGUCCUGGUCGUCCCUCGAGAUGCCAUGGUCCGCGGCGCACUUCUCGGCACAGCUGCCCAUGUGCUGGUCGCCGUAGGGGUCCCAGAGCCCGUCAAAGAUGACGCCGUCGACCAAUUUGCCAUCACCUAACCGCAAUCCAGAUCUUAGGUGCGCGUAGUGCGGCACGUUGGACAUCGACUCCAUCCCACCACAGACCACAACAUCUCGCAGUCCCAGCGCGAUCUGCGUCGCCGCCACCAUGAUACUUUUCAUGCCGCUCGCGCAGACCUUGUUUAUUGUGGUUGAUGGUAUAUCUUCCCCCAAUCCCGCAAAGAUGGCGGCUUGGGUCGCUGGAGCUUGGCCGACGCCGGCACUCACGACGUUGCCCAUGAGGACUUCUUCUACAUCUUUGCCCGUGAUGCCGGCGCGCGCGCAGGCGCCUUUGAUCGCGAUGGCGCCGAGCUCCGGCGCCUUCAAUGACGCUAAUGCUCCGUUGAAAGCGCCGAUCGGGGUCCUUGCAUAGCUAGCUAUCACGGGCGUGCGCUUGCCGAGCUUGAGGAGGCCGCGCUGCGCCAUACUUUGCUAUUUCGGACUGAUGACAGUCGUUGUCGUCUACUCGGUCACUGCUAGCCUCUCUAUAGGGCUUUUUUGGGCGUGCACAUCGUUAGCUAGCAUACAGUAAGACACUAGCCUUUCUCGCCUCGUGAGGCUUUUUGGCAUCGUAGGGCUGCCCCCGUGCGAUUUGACCACAUACGAGAUGAUCCUCACGCAGUGCGCCGUCUGCGCCACCGACCUUGGCUUAUCCUUGGGCAAGAAAUGCGGCCGCUGCAGCACACGCUACUGUGGGGCAGCCUGCCAGGUGCAGCACUGGAAAGAGGGCGGCCACGACACGCUCUGUAAGAAGAUUAAAAAGGCUGGUGGCGCAGAGCAAUACAAUGCAAAUGAGAAGUACACGGAGGCAGUAUCGGUCGCGGUCGAGAAAUGCGCGGAGGACACGAAGGGCCAGACGUGCUACAUCUGCACGCAGGCCCUCCACUGGAAGACGAAGGAGGGCCUCGUACGUGGGUGCUCGUGCCGCGGGACGGCGGGCUUCGCGCAUGUUUCGUGCUUGGCGGAGCAGGCGAAGAUUUUGGUCGCGGAGGCCGAGGAGAAUAAUUUGGGUAACAAGGUGCUGGAUGAGAGGUUAAACCGGUGGUACUCGUGCAGCUUAUGCGAGCAGCACUACCACGGCCUCGUGCGGUGCGCGCUCGGGUGGGCGUGCUGGAAGACGUACGUGGGGCGGCCGGAGACGGACCAGGUUCGGGGCAUGGCGAUGAACCUGCUUGGACUCGGUUUAUCCGAAGCAGGACACAACGAGGAUGCGUUGUCCGUCCAACAGGCCGAUUUGGCUACGCUGCGGCGCAUUGGCGCAACAGAACCAAGCCUACUUGACGUUCAAUGCAAUCUUGCGAUAACGUAUGAAGCGCUCGGACGGUUCGAAGCUGCCCUACGGUUGAAGCAAGACGUAUACUCCGGGCGUUUGAGGCUCAACGGCGAAGAACAUAGACUAACCUUCCUACCAGCCAACAAUUACGCAGCGUCCCUUCAGGGUCUGUCGCGCUUCGAGGAAGCCAAGACAUUGCUGCGCCGAACGUUGCCCGCGGCGCAACGCGUUCUCGGUAUGAGCCAUGAAAUCACGCUCAGGGUGAGACUGACUUACGCGCGGGCGCUCUACAAAGACCCCGCCGCCACGCUCGACGAGCUCCGCGAGUCCGUGACGACGUUUGAGGACGUGGGACGGAUCGCGCGGCGCGUUUUGGGAAGUUCUCACCCGGUCGUAGUGAACAUUGAGCAGAAUCUAGGAUGCGCGCGAGAAACGCUCCGCGCCCGCGAAGAAUUUCCCUCCCUACGCGAGGCCAUGGCGCUGCCGGAGAAAUAAAAAGAAACUAAGGUACUGGCAUUACCCCUCUGCGCCGCCGGCCACUACCCGACCCGCUCCGGCGCCGCGCGCUUGUAGAUGGCCGCCGUCGUCAGCCGCGCCGUGCGCCGCCGCUUCCACGCGCGGACGUCGCGCGCGGCGCGGUAGCCGGCGUCGAAGAGCUCCUGCUCCUCGCGCGCCAGCGUCUCGCGCAGCUCCGACACGUCCCUAUCUAAAGACACCUGGGACCAGUCGAACGCCUUCUCGAAGCGGUCGCCGGAAAUCGCGGCCCGGAGCUCCUUGCGGAGCGAGUCCUCGCCGGUAGCGUCCGCGAGCUUGUGCCCGACCGUGUAGUAGUACGGCGCUAUACCUGAGCACAAAUCAAUCAGUGAGUCGGAUGCCCGAGACGCGCCGCGACAAUUUGAUUUAUGCACGGCGCUGUACUGUGAAGGUCGACGACGGUCGGGCCGGCCUCGAGGUCCGCUCUUACGGAAGGACCAUACCGGUUCGGCAGGGAGAUGCGCACCAUGUUCUUCUUCGCGAGAACCAAAGCGAGCCAGAGCGCUAGUUUCAAUUGCGCACCUUUGGCGAGGUCGCCGGCCUUGUCGUCUCCCAGCAGGUGGCCCAUGCCCUCGCCGUCGAUGAGUAAAGUGCAGUCUACCAGUUCCUCGUCGGCGAGGAGCGCGUGGACGCUGUCGUCGGCCAUCGUCCGCUCGGCGCAGCGCAAAAAGACGACUGCAGCGCUUUGGUGGGCUCAAACUCGACGCAGCGUUAUCGCGGUGCGCUGAGUUUGAAACCCCAGCUAGCCGGUAGAUAGAUGUGACUGCUGAACGUGUUGCGCGCGUGCCUAAGUGCCGCUGCCGCGCUUACGAGCCAAAACUGCGGCCAAGCGAGCUAGCGCGUGUAACACACUAGAGCUCGGCCCACGGGCGCGGCGGGUGGCUUUGCUGCUCGCGCUAUAGCUCCUUUGUUUGAGCGCAAGGGCACAUACGUUGCCGCUGAAACGCCGCCAACAGCGCUGGGCCAAAUUCCGCGCGCGCCGCCGCCGCCAGCUCAAAAGCCUCAAAGGAGGUCGGAGCGACUCGCGAGACAAACCAAAUGGCCGCCGCCGCCGUCGAAUCCACCAUGGACACGUCCGACGGCGACGCCGCGGCGACGUCCGGCCUCACGUCCUACUUCACAUCUAAAAUCGGCGGCCUCGAGCGCGACGUCCGGGAGAAGACGUUAAAUUUACAAAGACUCACGGCCCAGCGAAAUUCCUUGAACGCGCGCGUCCGCGCUUUGCGGGAGGAGCUCCACGAGUUGCAAGAACCCGGCUCCUACGUCGGCGAGGUCGUGAAAGCCAUGAGCCAGACCAAAAUUCUCGUGAAAGUCAAUCCCGAGGGGAAGUAUGUGGUGGAUCUGGGCAAGGGCAUCGAUAUAAAUGACGUGAAGCCCAAUAUCCGGGUGGCCCUGCGGAACGACUCUUAUGAGUUACAUAAGAUACUACCGACAAAAGUGGACCCGCUCGUGUCACUGAUGAAGGUCGAGAAAGUACCCGAUUCGACGUACGACAUGGUCGGCGGCCUGGAGAAGCAGAUUCGGGAGAUCAAGGAGGUCAUCGAGUUGCCGAUCAAGCAUCCUGAGCUCUUUGAUGCCCUGGGCGUGAGUCAACCGAAGGGCGUUUUGUUAUAUGGCCCGCCGGGCACGGGCAAGACACUGCUCGCGCGAGCCGUGGCGCACCAUACUGAUUGUACUUUUGUACGAGUAUCAGGCGCAGAAUUAGUACAAAAAUACAUCGGGGAAGGGUCGCGCAUGGUCCGCGAGUUGUUUGUGAUGGCGCGGGAGGCGGCGCCGUCCAUCAUCUUCAUGGACGAGGUCGAUUCCAUUGGCUCGUCUAGAGGCGAAGGGGGGGAAGGCGGCGAUUCGGAAGUUGGGAGGACGAUGCUCGAGCUCCUGAAUCAGCUUGAUGGGUUCGAGCCGACCCAGAACAUCAAGGUCAUCAUGGCCACGAACCGGAUUGACAUUCUAGAUAGCGCACUAUUGAGACCGGGCCGCAUCGACCGCAAGAUCGAGUUCCCGAACCCGACGGCCGCGUCGCGCGUCGACAUCAUGUCGAUUCAUAGUAGGAAGAUGAAUUUAUUGAGGGGCAUCGACCUGCACAAGAUCGCCGAGAAGAUGACGGACGCCUCGGGCGCGGAGUGCAAGGGCGUCUGUUCGGAAGCCGGGAUGUUCGCGUUGCGCGAGCGCCGCAUCCACGUGACGCAGGAGGACUUCGAGAUGGCGGUCGCCAAGGUCAUGAAGAAGGACGUCGACUCGAACCUGGCGAUCAAGAAGCUGUGGAAGUAG